AUUUGUUUACCAGUGAGCAGCCAUACUAUAUUUUUCCAGGCUUGUGUGAAAUGUAGCUAACUACUGACGUUACAAAUGUAGGGAAAUUCAGGAAUUGUAGCAGCCGUUAGGCUGCUACACUAUGAACAACAUGUUUGGAGGCCAGCACCCUGGUGGAUUCGGCUACAGUCAACAUGGGGGCUUUGGUAACCCCCAAGGUGCUGGUCCUCAGUUUACUGGUGGGGGUGGGGGUGCACAUGGCCCUCACGGCCCCGGGACAGGGAUGGUCGACCACACCAACAGGUACGCUGGCCUGACUCCAGGCAUCAGUAACGUGACUAACCGCAAUGACAUGAAGUCCAGGGCAUCCCGGGUCUUCAUCGGCAACCUGAACACAGGCCUGGUGAUGGCCAAGGAGAUAGAGAGCCGGUUCUGCAAGUACGGGCACAUCACGGGCAUCUCCAUCCACGAAGGCUACGGUUUUGUUCAAUACAGCAAUGAGCUGAAUGCAAGGCAGGCUAUUGAAGGGGAGUAUGGAGCCGUCCUGUGCCGGCAGCCCAUCGAUGUUAGAAUUGCCAGUGAGCCGAACCCAAACCGGCCUAAGGGUUUCAAGAGAGUUCAGGGAAAUGUCACAGGUGGUUACGUAGACCCUGCCACCCUCCCAGUCAUUGUGCCUUCAGGCCCACCAGCAGCCAAGAAACAGAAAACCUUCACCGGCAAAAAAGCACAGCAAUUCACUGGACAGGAGCCACCCAUCUGGAUGUGUGCUUACUGCAAGGUUCAUGUAGACAGCUGUUGGGGGUUGAUGAGGCACGUGGCUAGAGAACACCAGACGCAGAUCUACAUGGAUGACAUAUAAUGAAGACAGUGCUUACUAUAUUUGUAUAUGUACAUAUAGUGGAAGGAAAGGGGGCAAAGAGUUCAAAGGUCAUUUGUGCUCAAUUUGUAUAGAAUUUCACCGCUGUACUUUCAGCCGGGGCAUUUGGUUCAGAUCUCGAACUUUAAAAUUUUGAUUUAAAACUUACAUUUUUUGGAUGGUAUUUCUUUAUUUGUAUUUUGUCCUUUCUUGUCAUCAACCUCAUGGAUAAAAUGUGUGAUGUACUGAGCCCAUUGUUCUGAAUAACGUCAAAGGCUCAUUUAGAGAAAGUGUGCUCCGUUUUUGUUCCUCAACUCCCAACGCGCUGUCUGCCUCACCUUGCAACUCUCGGUGCUACCAACUUGUGGCAUGUCCAACUGCAGUGGGAGUGUAGCUUUGCCCCUGCUUCUGUAUCUCUAUGCACGCUAACCGCACUGUCCUUCCUUCGAAGACUGUCGAAAUGUUGUUCUAUCUUCCUGGGCAGGCCCCUCCCGGUGGAUCUGCGCCUACUGCAAGGACGAGGCAGACGACGAGUGGGAAUUGGUGAAGCAUGUGGCCUAUGCCCACAAGACGCAAAU